ACCCCGCGCUGGACAUCGCGUGACUCGGCCACCCCGCGGGGUGAGCGCCCGGGCCGGGCCGCCCCGAGCCACUUCCGACGCGGCGCUCGCUUCAGGUUCCGGGGCGCGCCGCCUCGGCUAGCGGCCUGGGGUCCGGCGGGAUGGAGGAGGCCGCGCUCGGGGAAGCCGAACUCAACUGGUCCCGCCUCAGUGUGUCGGCCGAGGCGCUGGAGUUGGAGCUGGAGGCGCGCGCGGAGGAGCGGCGCGGCUCACGGGAGGCGCUGCUGCGGCUGCUGCUGCCGUACAACCGUCUGACGUCGCUGCCACGGGCGCUGGGCAGCGGCUUCCCGCACCUCCAGCUCCUGGACGUGAGCGGCAACGCGCUCACGGCGCUGGGACCGGAGCUGCUGACGCUGAGCGGCCUGCGCACGCUGCUGGCCAGGAACAACCGGCUCGGCGGCCCGGGCUCGCUGCCCAAGGGCCUGGGCCAGUCGCCGCUCUGCCGCAGCCUCCAGGUACUCAACCUCAGCGGCAACUGCUUCCAGGAGCUGCCCGCCUCGCUGCUGGAGCUGCGCGCGCUUCAGACCCUCAGCCUGGGAGGCAACCAGCUGCAGAGCAUCCCCGCCGAGAUCGAGAACUUGCAGAGUUUAGAAUGUUUAUACCUUGGAGGAAACUUCAUUAAAGAAAUCCCACCAGAACUAGCAAAUCUGCCUUCUCUGAAUUACUUGGUGUUGUGUGACAACAAGAUCCAAAGUGUGCCUCCUCAGCUCUCACAGCUGCAUUCGCUUCGAUCCCUCAGUCUACACAAUAACUUGCUGACGUACCUGCCUCGAGAGAUCCUCAAUCUUAUUCACCUGGAAGAGUUGAGUUUACGAGGAAACCCAUUGGUGGUCCGUUUUGUUAGAGAUUUAACGUAUGACCCUCCAACUCUUCUGGAAUUAGCUGCAAGGACCAUUAAGAUCCGAAGUAUUUCUUACACUCCCUAUGAUCUUCCUGGGAAUCUUCUUAGAUACUUGGGCUCUGCCAGCAAUUGUCCAAACCCGAAGUGUGGUGGAGUCUAUUUUGACUGUUGUGUCAGACAGAUUAAGUUCGUGGACUUCUGCGGGAAGUACCGCCUCCCCCUCAUGCACUAUCUGUGUUCUCCAGAGUGCUCCUCCCCCUGCAGCUCUGCCUCACACAGCUCCACCUCCCAGAGUGAGUCUGACUCAGAAGAUGAGGCCAGUGUGGCUGCACACAGAAUGCAGAAAGUUCUCCUUGGUUGAGCAGUAGUGGGCAUUGAAAACACUAAAACACUGAGCAGAAAUGACUGACAGAGAGAUGGGUCUUGAAGUUGACUGGAGACCUGAGGGUUUUCAUCUUGAAUGUCCGUGUAGGGUUGCCAUGAUGUGAAAGAAAGGUUUUGCGUUCUAUCUACACACUUGGGAGGAAUGAGUCCAGUUCCAUGUUUAGGGUCUUUGACUGUAAACUUACUGUGAAUGGCAAUUCAAAAUUCAGUUAAUUGGUUACAAUUUUCAUGUAAGUCUUUGAAGAAACACUAACAGAAAGGUUCACUCUGAAGAAAAGUCAUGAAAUCCACCCGAAGGGAUGUCACCUGGGACAGCUGAGUUGAGUAAAGAGGUCAUCACAGUUCUGUUACCAGGGUUGUCCUGGUUUAUGCUGAACACUAUACAUAAGUAAAGUGAGCCUUCUCCUUGUGCACCCCUGGACUUUUGAAGCCUUUCUGACCAACUGACUGGACAGUAAGGACUAUAACUUUUAAAUGGAGUAUUUAAACCAGCUCUUGUUUUGUGUGAUUGUUACUAACUUUAUGUAACCUAGCAGUGAUGUGUUAUAGUGCCUUAAUGCUAGUAAGAUUGUGGAAGCUUAUAGAAAUUAUUUCAGAGCAACCUACAACCUGACACUGUGCAAAACACCUGGAAUAUACUUUAACCAACCAGUGAACAAUCGUAUAGAUAACACCCGAGUUCCGAGGGCCUGGAACUCAGACAUCCACCUGGAAGAUGGAGAUCUUCCAGGGACCUCCCCUCUCUAGUUGCUGAUAUUACAAGUGUACACCACCAUCUGCUUCCAUGGCCAUCUUAACUUCAUUUUUAACUGCAGUGAUCUCGUCUAAGCAAAUGGCUUUUACACUUAAUGAGAGGCUAAAGUCUUAUUCUGUCUAUUCACCAAAAGACAGAAUACUAUUUUUUGACCAAAAAAUCUAGAUGACAAGUAGUCUGAGAAUACCUGCUUUACAGUAUGAGACUAAAUGAGGAAACGUUGGAC